GGCGGGGUGACGGACUAAAGGAAUCUGAGGUGAAGAAUAAAAACAAUGUCUGUUUCCUCUAGUGAAGUGACAGUGGCAGGCGAGAUCAAAAAGGAAAAUGUGAAGUGCACGGAGCCUCUCGAGAGCUCCGCGGACAGUCGGGGGCACGUCAAACUCCUGACUCUGGACACUCCGGUGGCCACCGGGAUGCUCGUCGGGCAGCAACAGACCUCUCCGUCGGAGUGCAAGAUGCCCACUAUGGACUCUUUGUCGGCGCACACUUCACCCGCAGCAACCUCUUUGGCUUUUUCACCGGAGCAGGUUGCGUGUGUUUGCGAGGCGCUUCAGCAGGGGGGCAACGUGGAUCGACUCGCCCGGUUUCUGUGGUCUCUCCCGCAGAGCGACUUAUUGCGCGGUAACGAGAGUAUCCUCCGCGCUCAGGCGCUGGUGGCCUUCCACCAGGCGCGCUACCAGGAGCUUUACAGCAUCUUGGAGAGCCACAGCUUCAGCCCCUCGUGCCACUCUGCCCUGCAGGACUUAUGGUACAAAGCCCGGUACACGGAGGCGGAGAAGGCCCGCGGUAGACCGCUGGGCGCAGUGGAUAAAUAUCGCCUGCGACGGAAGUUUCCCCUGCCCCGGACCAUCUGGGAUGGAGAGGAGACGGUGUACUGCUUCAAAGAGCGAUCCAGGAAUGCUCUGAAGGACCUCUAUAAGCAGAACCGGUACCCGUCCCCGGCCGAGAAGAGGAAUCUGGCCAAGAUCACAGGACUGUCCCUCACACAGGUCAGCAACUGGUUCAAAAACAGAAGGCAGAGAGACAGAAACCCGUCAGAGGCGCAGUCCAAAAGUGAGUCAGAUGGAAAUCACAGUACAGAGGAUGAGAGCAGUAAAGGUCAGGAUUCUCUGUCCCCGUGUCCGAUGUCAACCUGUGCUGAUGGGACUGCGGGUAAUGCAGUUGUGCCUAUCUGCUCUGGAGCUCUAGAAGCCGGGGUCAUCGUCCAGCAGGUUGGAGACAGCAGGAAUUCUGUCUCACCAGCGUCUGUCAUCUUUAACGGAGUCUCAGUCAACACUCCUGCCUCUGUUUUCCACAACGGCACCACUUCGUUUCUGUCCUCCACAGGACACGUCCUCUUCAGCGGCAUGAACUUGGGACUCCAGUCCCUGGCUUGCAGAUCAGAUGAUGGUGCAGGACAGGAUAAAGCCACAAUGUUGUACCCCUCAUUUCACUGUACUGUGAAUGGGACGAACAUAGAGGUGAAAGCAGAGGAUGUGAGGCAGGACGUGUCGGUCCAGGACCAGAAUACAUCUGUUAACUCAGCAUUCAAUGUGACUCCAUCCGACGGCUUGCAGCUUGAAGGUUACAGCUUGGUUUCUGAAGGCAAUGGGACCUCACUGCUUAGCAACAAGGUGGUACUUCCUUCCUUGCAACUUUCAUCAUCUUCUUCACCCUCACCAGUCACACAAGGCAUUGUUGAUGGCAGUUCUCCUGCUCCCGGCUCUCUGUGCCACAACCAGGUGGAGGAGCAGGACAGGCUACAGCUGACCUCUCUUGAGCCCAGCACAGCACUCUACGGCCUGGGUAGUGUACAUACACUGUCUGCUGUGAAGAAGGAACCUUUGGAGACUGGUGGAUACCUUUACCACCUGGGUUACAGUCCUGAUCCCACCCACAGCUCUCCCACCUCACUUAACACAACCAUGACAACAACCCAACAAGACUACACCACUCUCACAGUGAGCACACCCUUACUCGCCCAAACGGACCUUACCGGUGAGUUCAGAGGUCAUGAUGCCCAGAUGACCUCAAACCUAAAUGGAGACUUCCUAUGUGCGGUUUCAGAGGGAGGGAAGGGUGAGAUGAGAGAAUUGGAGGAUGAAGGGGAAAAACAGCUGACAAAACUAAAAACAGUGCAUAUAGAGGAAGAGAUGACUGACCUUUGAACUUAAGUGGAGAUGGAGGUAAAAUACUUUUUACCAAAAAUCACAACAUUAUUUAGAAUUUUUAUGUUUUAGGAGUUUUUUAUGUUUUCAGCCUGAAUGUUUUGAUGUUUUUUUUUUAAGUAUUAAAUUAUUUUGGCAAAUCUGUCACUUGGUUUGACUCCAGUUUGGUUUGGAGAAUCUAUGCAAAGUCAUAUAUGGAGAACACAGUUUUUUAAAGUGUUUGAUUUUCUUUUUCUUUUCCUCUUUCCGUCUAUUUCUAUGCACAGUUACCAUUUUCAGCUUUGCUUUAUCAAUAGUUGUGUAUAACAGGAGUUUUCAAACUGAACAAAAUAUAGUGUAAAAUACAUACAUACAUACAUACAUAAAUAAAUACUUUACAUAAAAAUAUAUUGUAAGUAAUUAAAUAAAAUUUCAUUCUGGCCUAAAAUCCAGAGAUUAAUUACAAUUAUUUUAUUCUUUGUUUCUAUUCUGUAUCUUUUCUAACUGAUGGGUAGAAAAAAGGAAACAGAGUACAAUGGUAAAAACUAUAAUAUUUUAGAUAUUUAAAAUAUAUUUUUAUUUUUCAGAGUAGAAAUGAGGUUUUUGUACAUACAGGCUGAAGCUACCAUUAUAUUUUAGGAAUGGGCUGCUUGCAAGGGAAUAAUCAUUUGGAAGUCUGUGGUAUCAGAAAGUUUGAAAACCCCUGGUAUACACAACCAGUCAAAAGUUUUUGAACAGUAAAAUUAAAAAAAAAAAAAAAUUUCACCAAGCCUGCAUUUAUUUGAUCCAAACUACAGCAAAGUUUUGAAAUAUUUUUACUAUUUAAAAUAACUGCUUUCUAUUUAAAUAAUCUAUUUAAACUGAAUUUUUAGCAUCAUUACUCCAGUCAUAUGAUCCUUCAGAAAUCAUUCUAAUAUUCUGAUUGGCUGCUCAAAAAAACAUUUUUUAUCAUUAUUAUGCUGAAAACAGCUGAGUAGAUUUUUUUCAGGUUUUUUUGAUGAAUAGAAAGUUCAGAAGAACAGCAUUUAUCUGAAAUAGAAAUCUUUUGUAACAAUAAAUGUCUUUGUCAUCACCUUUGAUCGAUUUAAAGCAUCCUUGCUAAAUAAAAGUAUUGAUUUCUAUAAUUUCAUUCCCAAAAAGAAUGGUAUAGUGUAUAAUGUUACAAAAGCUUUGUAUCUCAGAUAAAUGCUGAUCUUUGGAUCUUUCUAUUUAUCUUUCUAGAAUCCUGAAAAAUGUACUCAACUUUUUAAAAUACUGAUAAUUGUAAUAAAAAAUCUUUCUUGAACCAGCAUAUUAUAAUGAUUUCUGAAAGAUCAUGUGAUACUGAAGACUGCAGUAAUGAGGCUGAAAAUUUUAAAUAGUAAAAAUAUUUCAUAAUAUUACUGAUUUUGCUGUAUUUUGGAUCUAAUAAAUGCAGGCUUGGUCAGCCGAAGAACAUUCUUUUAAAAAACAUUAAAAAUCUUACUGUUCAAAAACAUUUGACUGGUAGUGUAUAAAAGAAGAAUAUUUUUUCAAGAUUUUCUCCAUAUCACUUCCAUCAAUCAUUUCAUACUAUUUUAAGUGUUUACAUUAAUUUUUGAGCUACAGGUACUAGACAGCUCUCAUUUUCUCUCUGUUGCUCCCUCUAUCUCUCUUCCUCUCACAGUGUGGACGUAUGUGUGUUUUAUGAGAGUCACCUGCUAGUUUCUGCCACGAAGAGUUGAGUUUAGCAGACAGGUGGACGUCUGGUCAUGUGUCAUCCGAGUCAAACCUUAAAGGUCACCUCCCUGUGGAAACACACAUGCACAGACACACUAUUCCCAUGCAGAUUAAAAAUACAAAAUCUCUGACAAUCUUUGAAGCAUUGUCAUGGUCAUUACAUUGCCUAGCUUCCAUAAUAAUAAUAGGCAAAUAAUAUUCUUUGUAGACAAACGAUAUCAACACAAAUACACAAAGUUUGCUUAUACAAAUUAAGGGAUGAGUCAGAAAGGUUGGUAAUCAACUGCUUGCUGUAACAGAUGUUGUGCCCUAAAAUUUAGGGUAUUAUCUGUGCACAAAAUAUGCUAAGAACUACUUCUUUCAUUUGAAAUGCAAACUGUUUUAUAUGGGCAACUUAAACCUUCAGGUCAUUCAAAAUAGUGAAAACAAUUGUUUUCCUAAAGGAUUUGAUUAAACUCACCAUCUGGGUUUUACAAUGAACCAUCCCUGUAAGCACACAAUGAGCUGAAUAUCACCUAAAAAGCAAUAACAAGCAAUAAGAUUUUUUUUUUAAUUUAAAGCUUAAAAUCUAUAUUGUACAUUAAACCAGAAACAUCAGAAAAGAUAUUAAACAGACAUGUCAGCACAGUUGUAAAUGUGAAAAAACACUAUGCGAGUAAGCUGUUUGUAUAUGGAAGAGUGUGUGUUUUGGUUACAGUAGUUUUUGGUUUUGAGUUUGCUAUUUGUGCCUUCUUGCUUUCUGAGGCUCAGCAUUUGGUUGGUCUUCAGUUUGCCUGUCAUUUUUUUUUUAACUUAUUGGUGCUGGUUUGACAUCUGCAGUAUUUAACUCCAUGACAAAAGCUAUGCAGCCAUUCUGGAAAUGAGAAAUGACUUUUAGAAAUCAUAGAUGAUGAAUGAAAAGUCUCCUACAGGAUUAUGAGAAAUUAAAAGGAUAUAGGUGUGAAAUGAGCUGUAAAUGUAUGAGCAAAAUGCAAAACAGUUUUGUGAAUAAUAUUUUAGCAUGAACAAAAAUGUUAAACUUAUGAUGUAUUUUUCUAAAAAAACAAAAACAAAUAAGAAGCACAAAAAGUGAUUCAUUAAAUAUUUAUACUGGAAAAACAGCCUCAUUCGAGUGAUUUCAUUCAUGACUGAGAGAUCUCGUAAACGUUCGACAUAGAUUUGUUUGCGUUUUCUUGUUAUGUCUACAGUGGAUGUUAAAUAUUCAGACGGACAGGAAACAUGCAAAUAAAAAGAUUUAAGUAGCCAGGGCGGGGAGGGAAGCAGAGACCUGAUACAGAAAGGCCAGGCCGGGUGCUGGAAAAUCAGCGGUGAUCGUUUGCACAUGCCUGGUGGUCUGGAGCUUGUUAGCAAGCUGCUCUUGUCUCAGACUCCUAAAUUCAAAUAAACAGGAGGGCGAUUUCUGGAGGCCCUGCCGUCUCCUGAUAGGGGGGUCCAGAAGGAGGCAAAGAAACAGACAGAGAAAUUCUCUCUGAUUUGUAAAUGACUGUUACAGAUGGCACUGACAAGUCAUUAUGUGAAUCUCAAACGCAAUGCUACAGGAUUAAAGGAACAGUUCACCAAAAACGGAAAACUCUGUCACUAAUUACUCACUCUCAUGUUGUUCCAAACCUGUAAGACCUUUGUUCAUCUUCAGAACACAAAUUAAGAUAGUUCUAAUGAAAUUCGACAGCUUUCUUACCCUUUUCUUAUGUCAGAAAGUGAACCACGGUCAAGGCAUGGCACAGAAACGUAGUAAGCAUAUCGUUAAAAUGGUCCAUGUAACAUCAGUGGUUCAACUGUAAUUUUAUGAAGAUACUUUUUUGUACGUAAAGAAAACAAGAUAACAACGUUAAGAUCUCUUUUCACUUCCAGAACAAAAAAUUACAGAUAAUGUACUUUAAAGGGCUUUAAACAAUCCCAGCCAAGGAAGAAGAGUCUUAUCUAGCGAAACAAUCAGUGUUGGGGAAAGUUACUCUCUAAAAAAGUAACUAAUU